AUGGGGAAGCAGGGCCGCGGCUGCAGCAGCAGGUAUGGGUCGGAACGGCUGCUGUACCCUGUCCAGGUCAACGGCGGCGGCCACGGCGCCGCCGAUCACCUCGCGGACCUCGACGAGGAGGACGUCUGGUCGGUGCUCGCCCCGGCGCCUGCACCCGACUCCGGCAACGGCAACGGCAGGCAGCCCGAGCAGGACCGUCGCGGCGGCCGGUGGACCGCGGGGGGCCUGUCGAUGGCGUUCGAGGCCACCGCCGCCACGGCGCACCACCAUCAUCGCCCUCACGUGAUGGCCAGCUCGGCGCCGGUGAAGGUGCCCGAGUGGCCGGCCGCCAGGUUCUCGCCGAGCGGCGGCGGCGAGCAACAGCAGCAGCAGCAGUACUACGGCGUGAGCUGCCGCGAGGAGGAGGACGAGUGGGUGGCACCGCACGAGUACCUCCAGGCACGGAGCGGCGGCCGCGGCACGCCGGCGCCGUCGGUCUUCGAAGGCGUGGGGAGGACGCUCAAGGGGCGUGACCUCAGCCGGGUGCGCGACGCCGUCUGGAGCAGCACCGGCUUCUUCGGCUAGAGCAGCAGCACACCAUGCAUGAAGCAUCCGUCCAUUCCAUCGUCGUCGUCUCUUCUUCAUCAGUUAAUCGCUGCCCCGUUAAGCUAGCUACCUGCUCCUAGCUAGCAGGGCAUGCACUCUGCUUGGAUCAUUCGUUGUUACUAUGAGAGUUCUGAAUUAGGAGCGUGGGAAGAAAAGGAUUUUAAAAAAGAUUAGCGAUUGAUUAAUUCGUAAAUCUCCUGCAGUAUGGAGCACUGGAUGUAGGUGCUGCUACCUGUAGGGUAGAGUUUUGGGCAUGGGGAGAAGAAGCUAGGUUCAUCUCCGAACUCGUUUGUAUUGGACUGUGUGCUAGCACCGGAUAGCUGCCGAUACCGGCCCGAUAUCGUCAGUUUGUCAC